AUGUGGUCAAAGGUCUUCACACCCAAGCGGACGUCGCAGAAAGAAAAUCUGGCCCCCUCACAGACACAGCUGACCAGAACGGGAACAGACGAUGGUACGAGAAACUGCACUUUUGACGGUCGUGUCUCACUCUCGGAGACGGAGCUGUCGGCGACGGUAGCGCGCGGCGUCACGGCUCACCACAAGCAACACAAAAGAACCAUGGCUGCCAGUCGCCUCCCAGCGCUGCCCCAGUCCUUUGCUCCAACCACAGAGAGCGUCUUCUCUGAUCUGUCCGGCUUCCACUCCAUGGACUCUAACGUACCCGGACUUUCCAAAGUGAUUCUCAACAAACUCAACAUGAAAGAUUAUGGAGAAUAUAGGGCCGCAGUGGAGGGGAAGCCCAAAGGAAUCUCCUUCCGCACCUACAAGGAGAUGUUCCAGAAGAUGGAGGAGACCUUUAAGUUCUGCACCGGCUGCAACAAGCUCCCCGAGCAGCUGAGCCAGGGCCAGAGCCUCAAGCGCUGCAUCAAAUGCCUCAACGUGUACUACUGCACCAAGGAGUGUCAAAGGAACAACUGGCCACUGCACAAGAAGGUGUGUAAGACGCUGCGGCUGGUGGCCAUCGACCGCCUGGUGGAGUGGCUCAUGUUUCUGGGUGAGGAAUGA